CCGCCUGCACCACGGUCUGAUGCGCUCCUCCACCGGGGCGUGAGGCAGCAGGCAGAGCUCGGGCCCCCGCGGACCCUCGGGGCGAGCCGGCAGUGGAGCGUCCGGUCUCCGAGCGCCCGCCCCGCCCGGGCCUCGCCCGCCCAGAUUGCAGGGCCGUGCGGAAGUGCGGGCGGCGGGGCGCGCGCUCUAGAGGCAGAGGUGCUCUGAGGCCACCCUGCUGCGGCGCCGGGCCCGCGCCUUCCAGGGAAUCCUAGAGGAAUCAUGGGGGCAGCGAGCGGGAGGCGAGGGAAGGCCUGCGGCGGCUCCGGAGGCCCGACCCCGGGGCCACUCGAUGCAUCCCUAUUGUGCGCCAAGCUGGUCCUGAGGUUGGUUGUUUUCCCAGACAAGCUUGAUGGCAUGGAAGGAUUGAGCCGGUAGGCAGGAAACACUGGAGAAUUUCGGAAGGAUUCCAGUGGGAGCGAGAUGGGGUCCCUAGCAGGAAGGGUGCAUGUGGCUGCUCUGUGCACUCUUUAUCACAAACUUUCAGGGUUCGAGAGAACAUUGGCAGAAGCUGGGGCCUGGCCCCGUGCCUCUCGGAGGCCCCUGUGGGGCUCAGGCUCCCGGGCGGAGCUCCAGGAGAGCCUGAUGUUUGUGGGCUGAGUCGGAGCCCCGUGUGUCUUGUCCUGCAUGAAGGUCUAUUCUGGGGUUAGGGUAGGGUCAAAGGGGGGGCCCUUUGCAGGGAGGUUCAGCUCAGUGACUGGUGGGAGUCAUGGCAGUGGGCCUGGGCAGCAGCAUCCUGUCCUGGCCCAGGAGCUCAUGAGUCCUUAGAGGUGAUCCACUCAGGCCCUGCCACGUGGGUCUGGGGGCAGCUAGGUCACCCAUGCACAACCCCCAGGGGAGAUGGGAGCCAGGCAGCCAGUGGUGGAGGGUGGCUUCCUGGGGAGGGGGUGCCUAGUGGCCUUGUUUCUCUCCAUUGGGUCCCUGAGGAGCAGGGUUCUGGUGCCCACUCAGUCCUGGGUGUCUUGUCUGGGUGGGGCCUUGCACUGCCUCCCUCCCCGCCCCUUCCGCCUGGCUCCCCUGAGGUGGGCAGGGAUGUGGCUCCUUUCUGAGUUGCAGGAACCGGUCCUUUAGGCACUCUGCCCCUUGGGGACAUGCUGGCUGCAGCAGGAGCCCCCGUCUUGCUUGAGGAGCAGCCUGCCGAGGGGCCGGAGGCCUGGCAUGGAGUGGUGGGCUUGCAGCUUUGCGCAGACUGCCACAGCUCCGCUCACCCCCAGGCAUCCCAGACUAGGAGCAGCAUGGCCGAGCAGGAGCCUACCGCCGAGCAGCUGGCGCAGAUCGCAGCGGAGAACGAAGAGGCUGAGCACUCCGUCAACUACAAGCCGCCGGCCCAGAAGAGCAUCCAGGAGAUCCAGGAGCUGGACAAGGACGACGAGAGCCUGCGCAAGUACAAGGAGGCUCUGCUGGGGCGCGUGGCCGUCUCCACUGACCCCAACGUCCCCAACGUCGUUGUGACCCGCCUGACCCUGGUGUGCAGCACUGCCCUAGGCCCCCUGGAGCUAGACCUGACAGGAGACCUGGAGAGCUUCAAGAAGCAGUCCUUCUCGCUGAAGGAGGGUGUGGAAUACCGGAUAAAAAUCUCCUUCCGGGUGAACAGAGAGAUUGUGUCCGGCCUGAAGUACAUCCAGCAGACCUAUAGGAAAAAUGUCAAGAUUGACAAGACCGAAUACAUGGUGGGCAGCUACGGGCCGCGGGCCGAGGAGUACGAGUUCCUGACGCCCAUGGAGGAGGCGCCCAAGGGCAUGCUGGCGCGGGGCAACUACAGCAUCAAGUCCCGCUUCACAGAUGAUGAUAAGACAGACCACCUGUCCUGGGAGUGGAACCUCACCAUCAAGAAGGAGUGGAAGGACUGAGUCCCGGCCGGGAGGCGGACAGGGAGGGACGGACGGACGUACCCC